UGACUCCACGGGAACGGGCGAAGGGUCACAUCAGCGCGAGCUCGGAACGAGCUUCGGAGGAAGUCUUCCCCGCCCCGGGGUAACGUCUCGGACGGGAUGCUCGGGUCCACCCGGCUGGUCCCAGUCCAGUCGCCCCCCUCCUGCCUCCCCCGGGACCCAUGAAGCCCCCGCUGAUGAAGGCCCGACCUGCCCAAGCGAGGCGGAAAGCGGCCGGAGUCGCUGAGCAUGUUGUACUGGCGCGUCGGGUUCUCCUGGACGGGCUCUUGCGCGGUUGAUCUGGGCCGGCAGAACCAGACCUUCUCCGGCCUGCCGGGCUCGGACGAGCAGUUUUAUGGGUCCAUCAUCGCCUCCCGUCUGCAGGACUACGGCGGGAUGAUGUCCGCGCUGGGCUCGGAUUCGUGGUGGAGGAAGACGCUGUAUGUGACCGGAGGAGCUCUGCUGGCUGCUGCUGCUUACCUGCUGCACGAGCUGCUGGCCAUCAGGAAGGAAGAGGAGCUGGACUCUAAAGAUGCCAUCAUCCUCCACCAGUUCUCCAGACCCAGGUCUGGUGCCCCCUCUCUGUCCCCUUUCUGCCUUAAACUGGAGACCUACCUCCGUAUGGUCGACCUGCCCUACCAGAACUACUUCGAUGGGAGGCUCUCUCCGCAGGGGAAGAUGCCGUGGGUGGAGUACAACCAGGAGCAGGUGUUUGGGACUGAGUUCAUCAUAGAGUUUCUGGAGGAACGACUGGGCGUGAGCCUGAACAAGGGUCUGACGCUGCAGGAGAGGGCCGUGUCCCGAGCCAUCACCAAAAUGGUGGAAGAGCACUUCUAUUGGACCAUAGCUUACUGUCAGUGGGUGGACAACCUGGAGGAGACCCAGGAGAUGCUGUCGGUGAGCGGACCACUGAGCGACCUGCUCAAGUGGAUCCUGAGUCACCUGACGUGCGGGAUCGUCAAAAGGGAGAUGUACGGCCACGGGAUCGGGCGUUUCUCCUCAGAGGAGGUUUACAGGCUGAUGGAGAAGGACAUGCGCACUCUGGCCACGCUGCUAGGUGAUAAGAAGUACAUGAUGGGCUCAAGGCUUUCAGCAGUCGACGCUGCAGUGUUUGGUCACCUGGCUCCCGCCAUGUGGACUCUACCAGGAUCCCGACCAGAGCAGCUCAUCAAAGGUGAGCUGAUCAACCUGGCCUUGUACUGUGAGCGCAUCCGCCGGAGGUUCUGGCCCGAGUGGUUCGUGGACCUGGAUGACCUGUGUUACAUCAGCUCAGCAGACAACAGCAGCUCUCCUUCAAGACUCCCCGAUCUGGGCCUCUACUCUUGCUCGGACACCACCUCCGAGGAUACGACACCCCCGCCCGCCCAAUCGCCGCAAGAGCCGUCGUCGCCGGUCAGCGACCCAACGGGCCUCUCGCUGUACGACUCGGACAUGGACACCGAGUGUUCGGAAAUGGAUGCACUUAAGUGUUGAUAGAACACACACAUACAGAGACACACUCGUGGCACACGUAUGACCUCCUGUUUCCUGUUUGAGCUUUCGGGAGUAGUUGCCUGAGGUGUAGAUCACAUAAAAGGUCAAUUUUUCUAACUCCGUUAGAGGAAAGGUUGCAGGAGAGGGGACAAACGAGCCCAAGCUAGAUUAAAAAAGGGACAAAGGAAGGAAGGAUAAGCAGAAAAGUUAGAGUGAAAAAGGAGAAAAUGCAGGAGCUGGUUGGAAAAAAAGCAAUUGGAAAGGAGUAAAUGACGCUGCUGCUGCUGAGAAACUCCUCCUCUUCUCAUCGGCAGCCACAACCUGUUUCAAGUCCUUGUCGCCAUGGCAACAACACAUGAGCGAGAGUCUUGUGUGUUUUUGACUUAUCUGAUCACUUUGUGCUAAAACCACAUCAACACACUGGAGCUGUACAGGACUGUAAGAGCCAUUUAGUGUAAAUACCAUAAAGUUUCAACUAAACUCAGAUUUAAUAGAUAGAAUAAUUAAUUAUUUUCUGAAUAUAAAGCAUAAAGAUAGCCUGAAA